AUCUGAACGGCUCAGUCUCAGAUUUCCCCGUUUCACACCCUUUUAUUACUGUUUUGUUCUCGUCUCAAUCAUGGCUGCCUCAAACCAGAUGACGCGCGCGAUUGCGCAGCUGGGCAAUCUGCCUGCAUUCAUGCGUCAGUGGGCGACGUCGACGGCGUUCGGGCGCACGGUCAAGUUUGCGGGAACGGCCGGCAUCCAGUUCGAGUCGCUCAAGCCCGGCGAGGUCACCUGCUCGAUCGCCAACAAGUCGCAUGUGCAAAACCACAUUGGCGGCGUCCAUGCUGCGGCAAUGGCGCUGCUUGCCGAGACUGCGACUGGGUUUGUGGUUGGCAUCUCGCUCCCCGACGACAAGCUACCGCUGCUCAAGAGCAUGCACGUCGACUACACCAAGCGGGCGGCAGGCGGCCUCCGAGCAGUCGCCACGCUCUCCCCCGAGCAGAUCGAGCAGCUCAAGACCCAACCCAAGGGCGCAGUCACCGUCCCCGUCGUGGUGACCGACAAGGAGGGCAAGGAGCCAAUUUCGGCAGAGUUUGUCUGGGCCUGGAUCCCAAAGCCAGUCAAGGGCGCUGCUGCUGCCGCUGCUUCCAAGGCGUCGUCCGCUCCUGCCGAUGCCUCUGCUGCCAAACCGUCGUCCAAGUUGUAGUCGCUGUUGGAUUCGUUCUUGGAAAGGUCAUCACUUGUGUCAUUUUUUGGGAUUGUGUGUUGACACGUGAAAACCAAGAAAAUCCGCACAAACAACAACACUUUAAAAAGCCACA